AUGAAGGACACAAACAAGCCCACGCGGGCGCCGCGCUCAGUCGGGAAACUCCUGUACGUGGUUCAUAUGUUUCUCUUCGUCUCCUUGGGAUUUGUCCUCGGCAUGGCAUCCAUAGCCAAGUUUCCAAACAUCUACAGUUACACCCCUUUCGUUGCAUCACUGCCCUUUCCGAUGCCACCACCACUGCCGCCGUCUACGCCGUCUCCGCCGCCGCCACCUCCACCAGCAGCAACGCCAUUGCUGCCAGUUCCACCACAGAACCUACGAAUGGGGCUGAUGGACUUGCUUGCGCCAAGCGGCGUUAUCCACAACAUGACCGACGAGGAGCUGUUCUGGAGGGCGUCUAUGGCGCCGAAGGCCCAUCGCACGCCUUACCGCCGUGUGCCCAAGAUCGCCUUCUUGUUCCUGGUGAGAGGUGAGCUGCCGCUGCGUCCUCUGUGGGAGAAGUUCUUCGCGGGGCACCAAGAGCUCUACUCCAUUUACGUGCACCCUGAUCCCUCCUACACCGGCUCGCUUCCGCCGGACUCCGUGUUCUACGGCCGCAUGAUCCCAAGCAAGGAAACGAAAUGGGGACACGUGAACCUGGUGGAGGCAGAAAGCCGGCUGCUGGCGAGCGCGCUCCUGGACCACAGCAACGAACGCUUCGUGCUGCUGUCGGAGGCGUGCAUCCCCGUCUACAACUUCUCCACCGUCUACGCCUUCCUCACCGGCUCCGCCACCAGCUUCGUCGACAGCUACGGGAACGGCGACUGCCGCGCGCGCUACGACAGGUUCUUCGCGGAGCGCACCAACAUCACCAUCGAACACUGGCGCAAGGGCGCGCAGUGGUUCGAGAUGGACCGGGCGCUGGCGCUCGAGGUCGUCGCCGACGAACACUACAUCCAGAUGUUCCGCGACUUCUGCGUCGGGCGGUGGCGCUGCCUCACCGACGAGCACUACCUCCCGACGCUGCUCAACCUGCUGGGGUGGACCCGGAACGCCAACCGGAGCCUCACGUACGCGGACUGGAAGCGGCCGCAGGGGAUGCACCCGCACACCCACGACGGCGCUGAGGUGACGGAGGAGCUGAUCAACAAGAUCAGGGAGGACGGCGGCAACCGCUGCUUCUACAACGGCGCCCACGACGGGAUCUGUAGCCUGUUCGCGCGCAAGUUCUCGCCGGACACGCUCGAGCCGCUGCUGCGCUUGGCUCCCAAGGUCAUGGGCUUUGGGUGA